GAGUCCCGCAGGCUACCUUCAACUUUACACUACCUAGGACGACGACGCUGACGACAACGAACAUCACAACUUACAGGGCAUAUCGCGCUUCUUAUUCAUAUAUACUAGAAGCUUCCGAUAUCCUGUGUAGCCCCGGUGGUCAUUAUUCUCCUGAAGCCUGACCCCACUACCCGAUACUGAGUCGAGGCUCAUUACGCCAUUUUCUGCUCCGACACUGCACGACGAGAUCGCUCAUCAAGAGGAACAGGACUCGCGCUCCCUUUUCCUCAUCAAACUCAUAUUUAUCCCCAAUCUUCACCGAUCAGAAACUGUAAACAUGUGGGGUUGGUUCGGUGGCGCCGCGGCCCAAAAACGCAAGGACACGCCCAAGAAUGCGAUCCUCGGGCUGCGAGCGCAGCUUGACAUGUUGCAGAAGCGCGAGAGGCAUCUCCAGAACCAGAUCGACGAGCAGGAUGCUACCGCACGCAAGAACGUGAGCACCAACAAGAACGCGGCCAAAGCGGCCUUGAGGCGCAAGAAGACACACGAGCACGCGCUCGAGCAAACCGUCGCACAGAUCGGUACACUAGAGCAGCAAAUCAACUCGAUCGAGUCCGCCAAUAUCAACAAGGAGACUCUGGCAGCCAUGAGCAACGCCAACGCGGCCAUGAAGCAGAUCUAUGGAGGUCUUACGGUGGACAAGGUUGAUGCAACAAUGGACGAACUGCGUGAGCAUAAUGCAAUGAGCGACGAGAUUGUCAACGCAAUCACCUCGAACUCAUUAGGCGAGCCGAUCGACGAGGAUGAGUUGGAGAACGAAUUGGAUGAGCUACAACAGGAGCAGCUCGACGAACAGAUGCUGAAGACAGGCACCGUCCCUGUGUCAGAUGCUGUGCAUAAGCUACCCACGCCGGCUAGGGAAGAGCCCGUGUCAAGCAAGAAGCAGGCAGUUGAAGAAGAUGACGAGGAAGCCGAACUUCGGAAGUUGCAGGCUGAAAUGGCCAUGUGAGAUUGUUAAUAGAGGAAUUUGAUGUUUGCAUAGCAUUUAGUUGGUAGGGACUGAGGGCGAAGCUACAUUAUAUGUGGCGUUUUCAUCUACCACAGACAAGAGACGGCUUUGUGGUAUUCGGAGCUUCCUGUGCCCUGGCGGAUUUGUGGUUCUAUUAUGGGUGUUAUUGUCGGCGUCGGCGUCCAAGGUUGUUGUUGAUCUUUAUCGUUUACGAAACUCUUUCCAUCUUUCGCCUGGCAAUCCGGCUUGAGCAUCGUGACCGCACAGAGGUGUUUCUGAUGACGGUACGCCUGGCAAGGAUGCACUUGAUAAGAGACCUGUGUGAUGGUUGACGAGCCUUGAAAUAGGAGAGAAUCUAGAUCUUCAAUGCGAAUAUAUCCCGUAAAGCUGACCAAA